AUGAAGUCGUUGGCCUUGCACUUUAUUUCGUUACUUCCGUUGCUGCCGCUGUUGUUGUUGUUGCUAUUAUCGCAACACACAAGCGCUGACACGCUACAGCCAAAAACAAUGUAUGCGUCGGCGGAGCUAGAGAAGUCAACUUCCGCGCACAUUGGUAAACGUACCACGUCAACAACAACACAACAAGCACCAUCGUUGCGUGCGCCACGAUUAAUGCGCACACCGCGACCAACCACAGUGAUGACGCAUCCAACAACAAGAGCGCCAGCAACAGCAACAGCAAGAACUACAACUACAACUAAAACGGUGGCGCUAACCACGACAAGGCAGCCGACACAAACACAUACACCGCGCCGUCUGCCGCGCGGCUCUAAAGAAAAUACCGCCGCGGCACCUACUACGGCUUGGCUGGCGCGCACUGCUGAUAGAAGAAGCACAACGACAAAUGUGCGCCAAAAUCGUAGCUAUUUGAGCGCCGCUGCAGCACAAAACUCUCAGACGAGCGGUGCGGAUGCGGUGGUGGCCACCGCCGAUAGGAGUGCUAUUACGAGCAAAAUCAACAAACAAAUUGACAACAGCCAAAUAAAGCGCGUGACACAAUACAAUAACAAAAACAAUAGCAAUAGCAGCGCAGAUAAAAACAAUAAAUACAACAACGACAAUCAACAAAAUGCCACCAUCAAAGCAGCGCGCACGAGCGCAACCGUUAAGGCAGCACGAAUAUCGGCAAUGCCGCCAUCAACAGCUUCAUUGUCGCCAUCUGUGACGUCUGCAACGGUGGCUACGCUGAACACUCAUCGUCACGAUGGCGUUUCGCGUCAAGCGUCAUCAAUAGUUUCCGCGCCAAACGAUGCGGUGACGAAUCAACACAAUCAACCACUCCUNGAAAAUCGAUCCUCGAUUAAACAAUGCACAUAUGUUAUACCAAUUACCAUUUACAAUAACCUUUUCUUCACCUUUGACUAUUUCUUAAGGCCGCGCAUGAUACAACGACUCGUAGCGGGUCACAUACAAAACUCCGAGGGCCGUUCGACAUUUCAAGUCUCCGCCGUCACAGCUAACAGCACUAUCUCUAAUUCAACAACAACCCACAAGCCUACAUAUCAAUAUGUACGCUCCAAGGGAGGACAAUUAACUAUGAGCAGUACCUAUCGUUUGGCUAAGGUGAGCACCACUCCUGCAGCAACAACAAAUACAGCAACGACCACAACUGCAAAGCCUUUUUACUUGAGAAGAGAUCACGAUGACGAUGAGGCGUUACUGGAAGAUGCCGAAGAAUUCAGUAAUUGGGAUAAUGGUAUCUUGCGACUUAGCGCCGGCUCUGGAAAGGAGAACACAGUCAAAUCGAAGAAGAACAAAGAUGAAUCGAAGAAAACACUUUCCGAUCAAGUGCGUGACGGCAAGUAUGGUUUGAUUGAAAAAGAGCUAUUUCGUCGUCCACCCAAACGGCCUGGUGUAAUUAGUUACUUGCCGAAUAAGGAGACGCCCAUAGAUAAUGAACGCACCUUUGGUGGCCUCAAUGAAGAGGAUAUCUGGUUGGCUGAAGAUCAUUUGCUUGUGAUCAAGGGUGGUAAUCUCAAUGAGGGCGAACCGGAUGAACCGUGGCCGCCCAUCGAUGAUUACGAUGCGCCCGGUAGGCAAAUCAAAUUGCCGCCGAACCCGAAAGUGCCGCCACCAUUUCCUGUCCAGCUCGAAGAGAAUGGCCCGCUACAGUUUAUCGGAAAUAAUAAAUUCACGGUCGUCUAUCCGGUCGCUAACGAAUCGAUACCAGUUUAUCCCGCCGGCCCGGAAGCCAACUACGCAUCGUCCGAAGGUGAUAGUGACAACGAGAAGAAUCUUCUUACCCGGCCGGGAUCGUCUCAAGAUGCUGCACAAGGCGACCCGGGUUACCUCUACCCGGCGCCCUACCCGCCGUGGCUCUAUCACAACCAAACGUUUGUCAAUCCGUUCCUGAGCAAUGCGCGGCCCAUCACAUUCCCCAAUUUGGGUCCUUUCCCACUUGGACGAAACGGUUCGUUGGAUAACUCGAAUGGCACUGACUACUUCGACGAAGAUGAUCCAUCCUUGUAUUACCCACCUGCAUACACUUUUGUUUACAAGAGUAAUUACAGCAAUCCGGUGCCGCCGGGACCACUUGUGCCGGGUAUUGUGUUGCCACCGCCUGCUAAUCAAUUCAGCCGUCUGGAAAAGUCAGACAAAGUAUAUACAACGAAUACGCCUCCACCACCCAGGCAUCGUCCAAGUACUUCAAGCACAACAACUACCACGCCCACCACCACUUCAACAACAACAACAACAACCACCUCGACAACAACUCAGGCGCCAUAUCGACCGCAAGUCAUCACGAAAAUACAUCAAUAUUCGCCAAAAACUAUUAUCAUUACACCAGAGCCGCCGCAUGUGGUGCCACCGAGCAAGCUGCCACCUCCACCGGCACCUUCCCCAACCGCAGCUCCACCCGAGGUCAUCCAAUCCAUACCCGUGCCAGUUGCUGUGCACAUACCCAUCUUUCCCUCCAACAAAUAUCCACAGCCGCGACCAAAUGCCAUCGCUUUUGAAGGAACAACGGCACGCAACAACCAGGACACACUUUCGAAAUCCAAUCCUAUUUACUACGAAUACUUUGAGGCUAAGCGUCAACCUGGUGGUGUUACUACGAAUGUUAUUGACGAUUUCCUCGCCACAACAGAGAAGCCUGUGCGGGCUAAGCCGAUAAAGCUGUAUGCGACCAGUAAGCGACCAUUCAAAUCCCAGCCGCAGAACCAACGUAACUACUUGCCACCACAGCUGCAGCCACAACGACAAUACUUGCCACAAAAUGUGGUAUAUAUCACACCCAAACCGGAGGCGGUGCGCUAUAAACGACCACCACCGCCGCCGCCGCCUGUAGAAGGGCCAGUCUACAAGCCACGCCCACUGGAGAAUUUCGAACAAGAGGUGAAUGCGAUACGCGAAACGCUGCGCUACUACCAGAAUCAACAAUUGCGUGACAACAGUAUACCGCGCACACCCAAAGCCAAGCCAAUAUACGAGUUCAGUUUCGACGCAUCCAAAAACUUGGAACCAGCUCAACCAACGCAGAACGCGGGUGACUUUCAACCGCCAGCAGAAUAUGACGAAGCGCCCUUCAAGCCAAUGGUCACCUACAGUCCACCAGUGGACGAUGAGAAUUCAUUCCAUGCAAUUGACGUAGAGAAGUCGAAUGCAAACCGUCAGCAAGAGGAGCCAUAUCCACAAAAACAGCAACAGCGUUAUCACUCAACCACCACGCUAGUGCCGGUGCAACCCGAUACGCCAUAUCAGCAGCAGCAGUCGCCGCCAGUUGCGCAAGGUCGUCCGAAAAAGCUACGUCUAGGUGCAAAGUAUUUACAACAAACGCCUGUGGCACCUGAAUAUCGCUCGGCUGACCAGGAGCUGCCGCAAUAUCCGAGCACACCGCGCACGCAUAUCGCUACCCAAACGCCAUGGGUGUCGAUAAACCAACAGCAAGAGUUGAGUGAAUACGCGCCACCACCGGCGCCGCAACAGCCGCCACCUCAAUAUCAACGUAUAGAGCGUCCGCCGCCGGGCAUUUCACCCAAGCAGCGUGGCUUCAACGGCUACUACUACGGCGGGCCAACGCUGCACGCGCGUCAAAAUAAUCGUUUCUAUGAAGAACCGUUCCAGCAAAUACAUGCGCGACGCAUAGUCAAUUAUCGGCAACCACCACCACCAUCGCCGCCACAGUCAAACUACCAGCAACAACAACAACAGCAGCAACAGCCACCACAAACCGUUUGGAGUUUAGAAAAUGACACUUACGUGAACUACGCACCAAAUCGGCCACCGCUCAAUCCCGACGCCGAGUUUAUUAAUCCCUACCAGCCGGCUUUGCCGCUAAACCCCUACGCCGCCGCGCAACUGCAGCGUUAUAACGCGCCGCAACCGCAGCCGCCACCACUUUCCCACCAAUCACAGUACUACGCGCCACAACAACAAUUAGCGCCGCAACGUCAAUAUCAACCACAACAAAUACCAUUGCAUCGUGAUAUACUCGUGAACUACCGGCAACCGUUGCCACCCAUCAAUCCGGACAGUGAAUAUAUUUCGCAUCCGCAGGUGGUGCGACCGCAGGUCUAUUCGCCCAUCUAUCGGCCGAACGCCUACCAACGGCUGCCGCCACAAUUGCCACAGCUAACCGUGACAGGCGAGCAGGAUGGACUCUACUACAUAGCACCGAAAUAUAGGCGAUCUAACAAUGACAAUGACAACGGUAGCAACAGCAGCAAUAAAAAUAGUAAUGACGAUAUUAGUGAUGGCAGUCAAAGUAAUGACGGCGACAGUGACAGUGACAGUAAAACGAAUGCAAACACAAAUGCUUCAGCGCGUGAUGGCAGUAACAGCAGUAAUGGCAAGAAAUAAGGCGAGCGCGUUGCAGCCAUGUUAGGAAAAAAAAGUGAUGAAUAUCGUAGGCGGCAAACAAGCCAGACGUGUGGUUGUGAAAGGGUGGUUGUGCCUCACUGAGAGCUUUGUUUGAUUGAGUGCUGGUGAAUUUGAUGAGGAUUAUCGUUUUUGGGCAGUCGCACCUCUUCAAUGGGCAUGGUAAACAUACUUAUGUAUGUGUGUAUGCAUCUAUGCUUGGCCGCCUGCCUUCUUGCCGAGUGGUCAUUAGUGUUAUUUAUGUAAGUAAAUUGUAUCAACAGCAGUAAGGCCAUGGCAGUUAAGUAGUAUACGGCAUGUGAUUACGCUAAUACAUAAAUAGGCAUAAGGAGUACUAAGGUAAAGUAGCAUAACUAAUAAUAAAUUUAACUGAUAAUAUUUCUUAGUAUUACCGAAAUUACUUUUUAUUAAUAGUCAUUGAAAUGUUCUGAGUAUUCGUGAAACCUUUAACGAUUUUAGUGUUGGUGCACAGCAAAUCAGCAAACAUAAAAUAAAAAAAAAACUAUACUUAGCUGAUGCCGCCGUCUUUUUACCAUUAACAAAAUCGCUCUCCUUGUUCACGCUAUCCUUUUUUUAAUACUCAAACACUUACAUACAUACAUACGGUGGGGAAAAUGAAAACAGGGUACUAUAUAUUUUAGUAAGUUUUUGCUAUAUUUCUUUGCUUAAAAAUUUUGUAUGUUUUUUAUGAAAUUAUAGCU